AUGACGGUUGCACAUGAUUCCCUCCGGGGGUCUUCGAUACCUCAAGCGAACAAGCUACCCCUAGAGGAUCGAUUUGAAGUUCUAAAGGAAAUCGGUGAUGGAAGCUUUGGUAGUGUGGUUCUGGCCAGGGUUAGGACUGCUGGCGCGAGCGUGGCUCGUCGCGGCACUGUAGUUGCUAUCAAGACUAUGAAGAAGACCUUCGAGUCCUUCACGCCGUGUCUUGAGCUUCGAGAGGUUGUUUUCUUAAGAACAUUACCACCGCACAGUCAUUUAGUUCCUGCUCUUGACAUCUUUCUCGACCCAUUCACCAAGAAACUCCACAUAUGUAUGGAGUAUAUGGAAGGAAACCUAUAUCAGCUGAUGAAGGCCCGCGAUCACAAGUGCCUCGACAACGCAAGUGUGAAAAGCAUCUUGUUUCAGAUCAUGCAAGGUCUCGAGCAUAUCCACGCCCACCAAUUUUUCCAUCGAGAUAUCAAACCUGAGAACAUUCUCGUCACAACAUCUGGACAUCAAGACUCGGUGAACUCGUUUAGGAGGUAUUCGGCAUUGAUGACGCCGCCUUCCACGCCUCCGGCAUAUACUGUAAAGAUUGCCGAUUUCGGUCUGGCGAGAGAGACGCAUUCCAAAUUACCUUACACCACCUAUGUGUCGACACGAUGGUACCGUGCCCCGGAGGUACUACUACGAGCCGGCGAAUAUUCCGCACCUGUAGAUAUCUGGGCCGUCGGUGCCAUGGCAGUCGAGAUUGCGACCUUGAAGCCUCUUUUCCCGGGAGGGAACGAAGUCGACCAGGUUUGGAGGGUUUGUGAGAUUAUGGGCAGUCCCGGGAACUGGUACAAUAAGGCGGGCGCUCGAGUAGGUGGAGGAGACUGGAGAGAAGGAACACGAUUGGCUGGAAAGCUUGGGUUUUCUUUCCCGAAGAUGGCACCGCACUCAAUGGAUACGAUACUACAGUCACCACAGUGGCCUGCAUCUCUCAGCCAGUUUGUAACUUGGUGUUUGAUGUGGGAUCCUAAGAACCGACCGACGUCGACCCAGGCAUUGGCUCACGAAUAUUUCCAAGAUGCAGUCGAUCCUCUGCGACCUAAAUCCUCGGCGUCGAGGAUACUAGGUCGGAAGCAAUCCGACAUAAGCCGCGGAAAAGACACCACCUCCGGGACGCCAACUUCAUCGAAACCUUCAUGGUUUAGAAAGUCGCUAAUCGGCCGCAACGAUUCCACCGAGAACUCGCCUGCACCCAUCAGCGUGAAGGAUAUCGUCGCGGCUCCGCGCCCAUCGCCAAUUCACUCACCCGAAACCUUGGAAGUUCCCUCAGCCAAACCGAAACCUGCUGCUAGUAAGCGCACUACGUGGACUAAUGGACCAUCGAAUGUUGCUCCUAUGCCGAUUUUGCCUACGAUUCGACCUAUCUCGCCCCUGUCUGAUGCGGUAACUGCCCAGGCGUCAAGUCGCACUCCUUCGUAUAAUGAUCUAUAUGCUAAUAUAAACGAUAAGUCGAAGAAGAUUGGUCGCCAGCUCUCGGUAGCUUCAAGUACAAACCAUUAUACAGAAAUGCACCGACAACAAGCCGAGCGGGCUCUGAAUGGCAACAGCGGGUUGGCAUCCCCUCCAAGCGGACAUAAAGAAAGCUUUUUUUCUCAUCUACGCAAACGGGCAAGACGAUUCUCCGGUAGGCAUCAAACUCCUGUUUCGCCUUCGUACGAAGACCUCGAGGCACAGGCGGGCUGUGGGCCUUGGUCUAGUAACAGGUCCUCAAUGGUUAUUGACCAAAACGGAUCUGCGGCGAAGGUGGAUAAUUAUGAAUCGUUGGAUCGAACAUUGCGCGACGCUCAUCCCGCAUUAAGUACUCCCGCCCCGCCUAUUCAUAUGACUGCGUCGAGCGGAAACUUGAAGCGGCACCAUUCUUUACCUCACCAGCAGCCCAGAUCUGUUGAUAACCUCAUUGGCGUUGCUCGCACUCCUGGACCAAUUUCUAGCCGAACGAGGAGGGCGCAAGCAACUUAUGGCGUACAAAGUGAUGCCUUAGACGAGGAAGACGAGUUGUUAGAUGAAGCACUUCACUCUACCCACAAGGCUAUGAAACGACUCGAAAAGGAGGGGAAAGCAGCCAACCUUCGGCAAUCGGUUAGUAAUGUUGGACUCUCAAAUCCGUAUCCAACACCAUCGCCGUCGGCUAGUGGAAAUGCUGUCCUUUUUGGGGAUGGCCAGGAGUCGGUAGCACCUAAACCAUUGGACCAACAUAAGAAUUCGGAACAAGACGCCCAACAAAAAUGGCCCACGCCUCCAUACGAAGAAGGCGAGUGGGCGUCUUCGGCAGCUGCUAGCAUCUGGGCUGCUGGUAACAGAUUCUAA